AUGAGGAUGAUCUUUUUCCGCUCCGUGUCCGUGACGACGAUGUCUGGGCACAGCAGGCUGUCGGUGUCGGGGAUGGCUGUGCGUGGCAGGUUUGAGCCCUGCGCUAACGUGACAGCGGAGGUGUAUUUACGGACCUACCUCUCCCCCUGCAUCGACGACUGCGGCCCCUACGGCCAGUGCAAGCUGCUGCGCACCAACAACUACCUGUAUGCAGCCUGCGAGUGCAAAGCAGGCUGGAACGGCUGGGGCUGCACGGACAGCGCCGAGGCCUUUUCCUACGGCUUCCAGCUCCUGGCCACGCUGCUGCUCUGCCUCAGCAACCUCAUGUUCGUGCCGCCCGUGGCCAUCGCCCUGCGCAGCCACUACCUGCUCGAGGCCUCAGUCUAUGUCUUCACCAUGUUCUUCUCCACCUUCUACCACGCCUGCGACCAGCCGGGCAUCGCCGUGUUCUGCAUCAUGGAGUACGAUGUGCUGCAAUUCUGCGACUUCCUCGGGUCCCUCAUGUCCGUCUGGGUCACCGUCAUCGCCAUGGCACGGCUCCAGCCCCUUGCCAAGCAGGUGCUGUACCUGCUGGGCGCCAUGCUGCUCUCUAUGGCCCUGCAGCUGGACCGCCACGGGCUCUGGAACCUCCUUGGACCCAGCCUCUUUGCCGUGGGGAUCAUGGCCGUCGCCUGGACAGCGCGCAGCAUCCGCCGGCGUCACUGCUACCCUCCCACGUGGCAACGCUGGGCCUUCUACCUGUGCCCGGGCGCGCUGAUCGCGGCGGGCGCCGUGCUGCUCUACGCCUGCGUGGAGACGGAGGAGAACUACUUCUACAUCCACAGCAUCUGGCACAUGCUGAUCGCGGGCAGCGUGGGCUUCCUGCUGCCGCCACGCCCCAAGCCUGCCGGGUGCCUGGGCCCCCUGUCCCGCCACAAGGGCUGUGGCUACCAGCUCUGCAUCAACGAGCAGGAGGAGCUGGGGCUGGUGGGCCCUGCCACGGCCUCCAUCAGCAGCGUCUGUGCCAGCUGACAGUGCCACGCUCACCUGGCCUCUGCAGGCACCACGCUAGGGGCGACAGACAGAGCCCAGCCCCCCGACGGACUCACACUGAGGGGCAUCCCCACCCCCAGCCAUAGACACCAGCCAGAGCCCCAUGGCACCCCCGGGUGGUCUCUGCCUGCUGCUGCCCCACCGACUGGCUCAGCCCUCUGCUCACGGUGACUGGGCUGCAAAUCCCCUGCUUGGGGCACUUAUGGGGCUGCCACGGGGCAACACGCCAAGCCCAGCACAGCCUGGCUCCCUGCCCAUGCCAGGGCACCUGUCUCCUGGGCCAGGGCUCUGCUGUGUAAUGGCAAUUACAGCCCCGUGGAACUUGG